AUGGGGUCAACACAAUACGGGAAAUUUCAAGACUUCUGUCGCGAUUCAACCCUUCCCAUAUGCAACAUCCUCACAACCAACAACCAACCUCCCGGCCUCAACUAUGGCGGCUGCGUCCUACGAGGGAUCUCGCUGAGUAACAAUAGAUAUCUGGCCAAUUUGGGUUCCAUACUCCUUUGCGGCGUGGCCAUUCUCGUCACCUUGUUCCUAUUAUGGCGGGCGGAACGGAAAGCGGCCGCUGUCGGUCGUCGAGAAAUGCAGCUUUUUUUGAUCGGAUUUCUGGUGAUUGAGAUAUGUGAAAUAUUCACCGUGGGCGGAUUUCCCUUGGACAACGACGUGCGCAAAGGAUUCACCGCGGUCCACCUGGCUGCCAUUACUGCGACCAUGUGGAUUUUGCUUAUGAACGCGCUCGUGGGAUAUCAACUGCUCGACGACGGUACUCCGUUGUCAAUGGCAUUGAUUGGAGGAAGCGCCUUCGCCUUGUUCAUUGGAACAGGUUACAUUGCGCUCGAUACCGCCUUUUCUUGGACUGGAUAUUGGGACAGUUCUCUGCAACCACCUCAUCGAAACAUCGCACUUUACACGCUAUAUCAGCUAGCGCCACUGGUUUUUAUGUUCCUGUUCUUCGUCCUCGAAUCGAUUCUCGUUCUCAGGGUGCUUGGAGAGAGAAAGCCAAUGGUCUAUCUGAUUGCAGCUGCGCUCCUUUUUGCAAUCGGUCAAAUCUUUCAAUAUGUGAUCUCGGUCCACAUAUGCAAUCCAACCAACGGCAAAGUCAAUGGUGCUUUGUUCGAGACUCUCUUUACCCUGCUGAGUGUCGUCGCCGUGUUUGUGUUCUGGUCAUCCAUAACAGAGGAUGACUGGCCCAUUCAGUGA